GGAGAGAAAACGACAAACAACUUCUGAUUUGGGCCCUUUUCUCUCAGGAAAGAAAGACGAGUAAACCUGGGAUCUGAUUUCUUUCAGACCCUCGAGUGAAUUGAGCCUUGUAGGGCGCCUAGUCCCUCAGCUUUAUUCAAUCCAGGAACACCAAGGGACAAGCUGUUUACCUGACAUGAGGGGAUCAAUCUUGCAAGGUACCGGCAGCCAAGGUCGCAAGGUCGAAUGGAUAUCAGCCAACACGUUCACUUGCUCAAACUCCACAGCUGGCAUAACGAGCGUCCCCGUACAUGUAGCGCCAGGGGUAUCCUCUCUGGGGUGAAGGACAAAUCAAGGGUCCUGAUUUCCCACCGGGGAAAAAUUGUCUCUCACCUCAGCCUCAAAAUGGGGAUAUGGAGAACAUUGCCGUGCUAUCACUCGUCCGUGGUCGGUACGCAGUAUAGGUAUCUAUCUAAAGGGCCGCAAGGGCGUGGCUCUCUAUCUUUCGCCCUUUCACCCGUCACCGACGGUGUGUGUAUCGCCCCAAUCCGAAGAGCUCUAUUCGUCUGUUUCACUGAGCGAAGAGAGAGAGAGAGACAUCUAUCAGGGAUUCAUCCCAGAGAUUACGGGUCCCCACCCCCACUUUGGCAUGCACGGCCUGUUCCAAAACCUGACGUUGACUCCAUUCCGGCUAGGAUGUCUGACAUGGCGCUCUGCCAAUCAACACUAUCACGCACCGCGUCAAGCCCGCGUUUAGAGCUCAGAAAACAAGGAAAAAACGGUUCGAUCCGCACCGCAUAGCGUGCGAGUGAUGAUUUCAUAGAUGCCGGUUGGUCGUGGUCCGGGGAUGGGCACGCAAUUCUGAAGAAACCCAUAUUAAAAUGUCUGCAAAAGAAAUCU